AUGGGACGUGAGGAGCAUGGAGGACUUGGCAUGGACGCAGCUCAACUGGAUACGCAAAGGAAGAAGGAGGAAGCCAUCUUGAAGACCAGCUCGACCACCUACUCGACCAACCGGUCGAGUUCCUCAACUCGACCGGCCAAGCUUCAACUCGAUCGAGCUGAGAAGUGUAUGCGAACUCGAUCGAGUCGGUCUACAGAAGACUUGGUCGAGCUAGACUUUACAACGGGUAGAAAGAGGGUUCAGAGGUCACAGAGGGUACAAGAGGAACCUGAGGUGCUUGUUGCUGAUACAAUGGAUGUACCAGAGGGGAAUGGAAACCCUUUGGGCAAUGGACUCGGUCGAGCUAGGCAAACUCGACCGAUUGGUCAAGGAGAUGCUCCAAACCGCCACCAACAGAGACAAGGGAUUGUUCCACCACCAGUGCAGAACCACAACUUUGAGAUCAAGCUGGGAAUGAUCAACCUUGUCCAGAACAAGAUGUUCCAUGGAUUGCCAAGUGAAGACCCCAUUGACCACCUUGAUGAGUUUGAUAGGCUUUGUGAUUUGACAAAGAUCAAUGGUGUCUCUGAAGAUGCCAUCAAGCUGAGACUCUUUCCUAUUUUUUCUCCACCGGUCGCACAGCCAAGCUUAGAGGAGAGAUAUAGCUUCAUCCAGCGAAACAAUGAGACAUUCGCAGAGGCUUGGGAGAGGUUCAAAGGCUACACAAGUCAGUGCCCACACCAUGGAUUCAACAAUGAAUCACUACUCUCCACUCUUUAUAGAGGAUGCUUGCCUAGGUAUAGGGAGAUGCUAGACACAGCUAGCAAUGGGAACUUCCUCAACCAGGAUGUAGAUGAUGGCUGGCAACUUGUGGAGAACAUAGCUAACUCAAAUGGAAGCUAUGGAGAAGAGUAUGAUCGCACCAACCGGAGCUCGACCCACCACUCGAUCGAGUCAUGA